CUGACAUCCCUGAUUCUUGAACUGCUUCACAGGUUCUUCGCGAGAAGAUUGGUGGGAUAAAGGCAGAACUCUCCCGCAUAUCAGAGGACAUGAAGAAGUUCCAGGAGGCACAGGUGUGUGGUUCUCAAGGUCAUAUUUCCAACAGACUGUCUACAGACAAGUCUCUGACAAUGCUUUCUCCUAGACCUUGAUGGUUUCCCAGCAUCAAGAGGAGAUUGAAAAGUUAAAGGCUGGCCAGCGUCAUGUGUCGGAGGAAAUGAAGAAGGUCCUGAUGUCGCGGGACCAGGACAUGACUCUCAUCCAGGAUCUGCGUGAGGAGGUUGACAAGAUAAAGACAACACAGCUCCUCAUGGAAGGAGACAUAAAGAAGCUUAAGGAGUCUCUUGCCUUAAUGAAGAAGCUGGAGGAAGACCUUAAAAAGCUGAGGGAGGAUAUAGCCAAGUGGAAAGAAGAGAGCAGCAAGGAGAUCUCUCAGCAAAUUGAGGCUUUGCGGCAGGAGACAAGGCGUGAGCUGCAGAAGAUGGGAGAGCAGCAGGAGAGGAGGAAUGCCAUGCUGGAGCAGAUGCUGAAUGAGACAGCCGACCAGCUGAAUGAGCAGGAUCAGGAGCUGAGACAGCAAAUGGAAGCCAAGUUUUUGGAGAUCCAAAAAGACUUUGAGAAACUCAACUUUACAUCAAAGAGCCUCCAAAAGGACUCUCAACAAAAGCAGAGGGAUAUCGAGGUGUGUGGCUGAAACCCACCCCAUUUAGGGUCAGAGCAUCCACCAGGAAGACUCCAGGUGGGGGACCACAAGGAAUCUCCUGCUGACGACCUCCUCUCAGCACUGUGCUUGUUCCAAGCGCAUUUCCCCGAUGUUUUCUGGGUACGGGGAGAGGGGUGUGCUCCCGGCUCCUGGGGUGUGCCUCAAGAGGCAGCUCCAACCUUGCUGUGUCAUGAGUUCCUUUCUGUGCUGAAAGAUGCUGUUCCAGUCUCUGGAGAAGCUGCAGAAGGAGAAGGCAGA